AUGUCGCUGUUGCUGACCGCGUUCGUCGCUGCAUCUAUUGCUGUUUUCAGGUAACUUUUUCAAGCAUGCUAAAUAUAUAUUCACUUCCUUUUAACACAUUUGAAAACAAAGGUAAGUAUUUUAGUUAUUACAUCUGGAUAUGGACCUAUUGGCGGCGUCGAGGUAUUCCUGGACCCCUCGGAGUUCCUUUCCUCGGUAAUACUUGGAAUUUGCUUUCGCAUGAAAAUCCACCACCACUACAGCUUCAAAAAUGGACAAAGGUAAGAUUUUAAAUUUAUUUUCCAACUUUACAUCUUUUUUACUUUCAGAAAUAUGGAAAGACUUACGGUUAUACUGAAUCGAGGAGAAAAAUUAUGGUGAUCAGCGAUCCAGAAAUGGUUCAAGAAUUGCUGGUCAAGAAAUUUGACAAUUUUCACGGCCGAUUAGUGAGUUGAAUUAAUAAUUUUGCAAGUCAAAGAAAUUUUCUCAGCCGAAUCCUCUUGCCGAUGAUCCAGACAAGGCGAAGCGGACCAACUUGUUCAUGGCCCAAGGGAUCAGAUGGAAACGCCUAAGGGCCAUCGCUAGCCCUUCUUUUUCGAACAACAACUUGAAAAAGGUAUUUAUAUACUUCAAAAAAAAAAAAAUACAUGACUUACAGCUGAAAGAUACCGUCGAAGACUGCGCUCUCGAGCUGAUGGGACACAUCGAAAAGAAUGAUAAUGGAGAAUCUUUGAACCUUUUGAAGUGAGAAUUGCCUAUUUCUCUUUGAAAAAGCUUCUCCGUUUCAGGUUUUACCAAGAAUACACGAUGGAAGUGAUUGGUCGUGUCGCGAUGGGUCAGACCGAGUCCAAAAUGUUCAAGAAUCCGAUGAUCGACGUGUUCCUGAGGAUAUUCAGCAACGACCGCUGGUUGAUGGUUUUCCUGGCGACGUUGAUUCCCGGAUUCGUCGACUUGUUCCAUUUCGCUCUGGAACAUCUGCCGACAUCGAAUCCCUUCAUGAAGCUUCUCUUCGACACGAACCAAGCGAUCACUAAAAGGAUGAAAGAGAGGGAAAGCGACGCGGCGAAAGGAAUCGAGAAUCAGGAGCCGACCGACUUCAUCGAUAUGUUCCUGAAUGCUCGGGCUGACACGGACUUCUUCAACGACAGCAGAGAUUUCUCGAAAGAAAAUAUCAACUUUUCCAAGACCCUUACUACUGAUGAAGUCGUCAGCCAGUGCAUGGUUUUCCUGAUCGCCGGCUUCGACACGACGGCGUUGUCUCUAUCGUACACAAGUCAUCUUUUGGCUACCCAUCCUGAAAUCAUGAAAAAGGUUGGUUUGAAAAAUUAAAAGAGGAUUUACUCAAACGGUGAUCGAUGAAAAAACUACGAUUGAAUUACUGCCUGUCUUCAUUAUUUUUUUUCUGAAACUUUUGCUCUACUUCCUUAUCUUUAUUGAUGAUUUCAGGUCCAAAAUGAGAUCGACGAGUGUUGUCCAAAUCCAUCAGUCUCCUUUGACCAGCUCGCGCGGCUCAAGUACCUCGACUGCGUGAUCAAAGAGACCCUCAGACUGUACCCUUUGGCCACGAUCGGAAACAAUAGAAAAUGCAUGAAGUCGACGACGCUCGGAGACAUCUCCGUGGAGCAAGGAACCUACGUCUGGGUGGAUGCGUGGUCCUUGCACCACGACCAGAAGGUCUGGGGCGACGACGCCGACGAGUUCGUGCCGGAGCGCUGGCUGGAGACCGACGUCGUCAGGAACAACGCCUGGAUCCCGUUCGGCCAUGGACCUCGACAGUGCAUCGGCAUGCGGCUGGCGCUCAUGGAGGAGAAGCUUCUGCUCGUCCACUUGCUCAGAAAAUACGACUUCUGCACUGGUCCCAGAAACCGAAAUACCUUUGAACCUCGUCGGAAGAGCGACGACAGGGCCGGAAGCCGUCCACCUUUAUCUUAA